AUGGCACUCAGAGGAAAUGGAACGCUUAUCACGCACAACAACUCGACCUACAUCCCACGUUCCUUAAUGCCCGGAUACUGCGGCUAUGUUCCAACUUCAAAGUACUUGUAUGGAGACACAUUCGGGAAUGCCACCAUCAAAUAUUUUCAGGACUUCCGCAGCGGGGCAAUGGCCUGCAGCACGAUCCCGUACAGCCGCGGUGGGAUGUUCCCGUCCAUCUUCUCCAACAGCGGGCUCCUAGUGUCGGCCCAGCGGGCUCAGAGCCGCAACAGGACCCUGAACAGUCCCUACUUUCCCCGUUUCAAUGUGGACUUCAAACGCCAGGAGACGCUGAAAAGCUUCGGAGAGCUCUCUCAGAAACACCGAGAGAGCUAUAAGGACAAGACAGGAACACGACUUCCCAUCAAACACUUCGUCAUCCCAGUGAAAGAGAGCGACAAAUACUUCUGGAAGCAGAUGUAA